CAGAGCAGGGGCCGCCCCUUGGCACCCCGUCCCCGCCCCCGGCCCUCGGGCCCAGCUACCAGCCCCGCCAAUCCUCGGGGUCUCUCGUCUUGUCCCGCCGUCUGUCCGGAGCCCGAGGAACAGGACAGAGGCGGCGGGUGAGUGACUCCGCGGGGGCGGGGGGCUUGGUUGGAAGACGUGGAUGUGGGGGCCCGAGACCCUCCGAGGGUCUCCAGAGCCACUGCCGCCCACUUUGAAGUUCAGUAUGGCGAACUUCACACCAGUCAAUGGCAGCUCAGCCAACCAGUCUGUACGCCUGGUCACGCCAACCCACAACCACCUUGAGACAGUGGAAAUGGUGUUCAUCGCCACCGUGACGGGCUCACUGAGCCUGGUGACUGUUGUGGGCAACAUCCUGGUGAUGAUGUCCAUCAAGGUCAACAGGCAGUUGCAGACGGUCAACAACUACUUCCUGUUCAGCCUGGCAUGUGCAGAUCUCAUCAUAGGUGCAUUCUCCAUGAACCUCUACACUGUAUACAUCAUCAAGGGCUAUUGGCCCCUGGGUGCCGUGGUCUGUGACCUGUGGCUGGCCCUGGACUAUGUGGUGAGCAAUGCUUCUGUCAUGAAUCUUCUUAUCAUCAGCUUCGACCGUUACUUCUGCGUCACCAAACCCCUCACCUACCCUGCCCGCCGUACCACCAAGAUGGCGGGCCUCAUGAUCGCAGCCGCCUGGGUCCUCUCCUUUGUGCUCUGGGCACCUGCCAUUCUGUUCUGGCAGUUUGUGGUGGGCAAGAGGACAGUGCCCGACAACCAGUGCUUCAUCCAGUUCCUGUCUAACCCGGCAGUGACCUUUGGCACGGCCAUUGCUGCCUUCUACUUGCCCGUGGUCAUCAUGACGGUGCUCUACAUUCACAUCUCGCUGGCCAGCCGCAGCCGAGUCCACAAGCACCGACCCGAAGGCCCCAAGGAGAAGAAGGCCAAGACCUUGGCUUUCCUCAAGAGCCCCCUGAUGAAGCAAAGCAUCAAAAAGCCUCCCCCUGGGGCGUCUCGAGAGGAGCUGCGCAACGGGAAGCUGGAGGAGGCCCCCCCACCUGCCCUGCCUCCGCCACCCCGCCCGGUGGCCGACAAAGACACCUCCAACGAGUCCAGCUCAGGCAGUGCCACCCAGAACACCAAGGAACGGCCACCCACAGAGCUGUCCACUACAGAGGCCACCACGCCUGCCAUGCCCGCUCCUACCCUGCAAUCACGGACCCUCAACCCAGCCUCCAAAUGGUCCAAGAUCCAGAUUGUAACCAAGCAAACAGGCAAUGAGUGUGUGACAGCCAUUGAGAUUGUGCCUGCCACGCCAGCUGGCAUGCGUCCGGCGGCCAAUGUGGCUCGAAAGUUUGCCAGCAUCGCCCGUAACCAGGUGCGCAAAAAGAGGCAGAUGGCUGCCCGGGAACGCAAAGUGACACGGACCAUCUUUGCCAUCCUGUUGGCCUUCAUCCUCACCUGGACACCCUACAAUGUCAUGGUCCUGGUGAACACCUUCUGCCAGAGCUGCAUCCCUGACAGGGUGUGGUCCAUCGGCUACUGGCUCUGCUACGUCAACAGCACCAUCAACCCUGCCUGCUAUGCGCUCUGCAACGCCACCUUCAAAAAGACCUUCCGGCACCUGCUGCUAUGCCAGUAUCGGAACAUCGGCACGGCCAGGUAGGCAGAGAGGUGCUCUAGGUGGUGCUGGUGUUACAAGUGUGUGGCGGGGGAACCACGUGGCUCACCCGGCUAUGGAGAAGAGAGUUGGCGGCCCCAUUCUGUGUUCGCAUCUGCUGACAGGUCUCCUAGACACUUGUGAGGCCCAACCAAGAAGAUGCUUUGGCUGGUUUCAGAGACCAGUUCUCUGCUCAUGCCCAGGGAAUGUCUAGACUGGGACUGCCCGGCUUACAUCUGACCCUGCCUCAGGAAGCUGGGGGCCACUGACUGGGUCAAGCCAUCAGCAAUGCUGGAAGAAAGGACUGAGGAGUAGAGCAGAGGCCAGGGGCAUCUGAAGGAGCAAGGGGCCAGACGAGUAAGGGUGGGGUCCCCCAGUCUGCUGUAAUCGGUGCUUUCUGCCUUCCUGCACCCUGCAUGUAGGCUCAGCCCUAACCCCCUAAAUCCCAUUCCAAGGGUGGAAAUUUCCCUGCCACAGCAGCUCAUCCGGGCUCUGGGUGGGAAGCAAGCCGAAGGCCAGGCUGCAGUGCAAUGAGGCAUCUCCUUCCCUUCCUCCACAGUGAUCAGAAGUCAGGAUGGGACAGCUAGUCAGGUCACACCCAGGAAUCCAGAUCUAGGCUCCUGUGAAUGCAGGUUGAGUCAAAGGAGGUGGGAUGGUGGGUUGUAUUGCAAAGAACUCCCAUCGCCCAGGUCACACAUCCAGGGAUGUCACCUUUGCCCUGAGAAGACCUGGGUCCAAAGGACAAAGGGAGGAACUUAGUGACCCACAAAAGCUUCCGCGAUAGAGAGGCAGACAAGAUCUAGCAUCUCUACUCUUCCCAGUGGGUAGAACCUUCCUGAAUGGUAUCAGGCUGGACAGAGACCUUUGAGUGGGCAAGGCUGAGUGCAGGUGGUUCAUCCUGGGCUCCCUUCCUCAGCCCGGCCCAGACUAAGUCCCUGGGAGAGAUGACUGAAAGACUCAGGAGUCCUGGAAGACUUUCAUCAACGAUUUGCUUUUUCCAUGAGCUCUGAGGAAUAGUCACCAAGUCUCAACUCUUAUGCCCACCAGUCCCUGCAGCCCAUCCCCCACUGUCCUACCCUCAACAU